CCAGGAACGGGACCCACUUCCCUUUUCUGUUUCCUUUUUUUUUCUUUUCUUAUUUCUUAAUUUAAGAUCUUCAACCACCCGGCUCUUCUAGUGCGCCGUAAAAUGGGACCCGGCUUGUUGUUACAUGGAUACCUACUAAAUAUACAUAGGUAUGUAUUUCGAACAGGUCUCCAGUUCUACUAGGCUGAUACAUAGGACAUCUGGAAUGUUAGGUAUCGCUAGGCGGUCAAUGUUCUCUCUCUAGCUCUCCCAGAUCAGUCCCGUCAUCAGUCCUCUAACCUACAAAGUACCAUACCAUCUUUACCUCAGCAAUAAAUACCCAGUAUACUACCUAGUAGUAUAGUAUAGCAUUAUCAUCGUCCUUGUUUUCUCAUCACCAUGUCCGAAUCCAUAGCACAACCCCUAUUAGGCAAAGUCCUCGUUAUUGGUGGAUGUGGCUUUCUCGGCCACCACGUUGUCGACCUACUCCUACGCGACUGGAAGUGCACCGUUUCUGUAGUCGACCUUACCUGCCAGCGCAAUCGAAGACCCGACUCAGACAAUGUCCAAUACGUCGAAGCAGACAUCACCGAUCUUGACAACCUAGUCAAGGUUUUCGGAAAGCUGAAGCCCGAUGUUGUCAUCCACACGGCGUCGCCUCCAGCACAGGGCCUUGGCGCUGUCGCCAACGAUGUGUUCAGGAAGGUCAACGUAGAAGGAACUCGAGCCAUCAUUUCCGCCUGCCAACAAAAUGAUGUCAAAGCCUUAGUAUACACGAGCUCUGCUAGCGUCAUGAGUAAUAAUAAAGAUGACCUCGUGAACGCGAAUGAAGACUUUCCAGUCAUUAGAGGUAAAAUGCAGACGGAAUACUACUCUGAGACAAAGGCGCACGCCGAGAAGCUUGUUUUAGAGGCGAACCGCAACGAGGGCAGCGACUUACUGACUGUAGCUAUUCGACCAUCCGGCAUAUUUGGCGAGGGCGACAAGCAACUGGUCUUCCACACUGUCAACAUCCUACGCGAAGGGAAGGAUAGGAUACAAGUUGGCGCGAAUGAAAACUUGUUUGACUUUACCUACGUCCAGAAUGUAGCGCACGCCCACCUGCUAGCCGCCCGAGCCCUACUUGUAACGCACGCGUCUUCCACCGCGCCCCUCGAUCACGAAAAAGUCGACGGCGAAGCCUUCAUAAUAACGAACGACAGCCCUGUCUACUUCUGGGACUUCAUGCGUGCCAUAUUCCACGCGGCCGGAUCACCAAAGGGAACCGACCACGUCUGGGCCAUGAGCCGGGAAUUUGGCCUUUUCCUAGGGCUUCUAAGCGAGUUCGCCUUCACACUCCUUAGGAAGGAACCCACCUUCAACCGCCAGCGCAUCAUAUACAGCACCAUGACGAGGUACUACGACAUCUCCAAGGCGAAGCGCCGUCUCGGCUACCGACCCCUAGUGAGCCUUAGUGAAGGUGUAAAGAGGACAGUCAAAUGGACUCUGGACCAGGAGAAGAAGAAUGCCACCCCUGCAAAAUCAUGAGGUGGAUAUACUACAUUCUUCAAAGGGGGGGGUGCUCUCAAAAUUGGUUGUAUUGUAUAUAUAUAUGGAUGUAUAAGGUACCCUGGUGUUGCUAAUGGGAAAAAAAAACCCCUCUUAAUACGGUGAAUAUUGAGUUGAGGAGUAAUUGGAUUAUUCUCUACCACACAGACAGUAGUAGCAACGAAUUAAACAUCAUGGAUCAGGCAUA